AAUACAAUUUCAUAUAUAAUAGACGAAAUGUAAAUUGGGGUGGUGAAUUGUCAUACAAUCGUGCGAUCGCUCACGAUCCUGACCCUAAUAUUCUUUGUGAUAGGUCUUGCAGGUUUCGAGACAAAUUAACAAGUUACACUUUUGAACAUGCGCAGUACUAGCCCCUGUACAGAAAAUGUUUUCAUUCAUCCCCUAUUCCUCAGUACAACCCCAAUCGCUGUGAGGGUAACACCUUUUUCAGUCUUGCGAGAACCACGAAAACUUUUACGGGAAAAUAAUAAAUAUUGUCAAAAAAAAGACACUAGUCAUCAUACGAUCGGAAAUUAUUAAUGCUUGUGGAUGUUACAAAUCAACGCUGACAAAGAUAAAAUUAAUGUGUAUGUGAAACAGUUAUGGAUGAAGAUGCCUCCCUGGCAUGUUUAUUAAUUUUUUUGGAAAACUUUUUGUGUAUAAAUGGAAGUGAAGUUUUGGACUUGCGUCUUGUUAGUCCAGAUACAGUUGGUGAUUCAGGUGAGAGGACAGAACGCGGGAAAAGGUACUCAUCAACAAACUCGAUCAGAUGACAGUACAAGUAAUGUAGAAGAAAAAGAUUAUGACCAUAGACACUUAGAUUUUCUCUUAGAAAAUCAUAAAAAUCCAACUAACGAUUAUUUCUUACCUGCCGUAUACAAUACUAAUGAAGAACCAGAAGAAGACGAUGAAGACGGUACAUACUUAGAUUAUUAUGACGUCAAAGAUAUUAAUUACAAAGAUUCCCCAGAAGUAACUCCCAGAAGUAAUAUCAAAGAUGUAUUAAGUUUAGACGAUAAGAUACCAUUGCACACGACAAAAGACAAUCUGCCUGUGUUUCUAUUCGAGCCAGAGAAUACUUAUGUUGUUAAAAAUAAACCAGCAACUUUGAAAUGUCGAGCUGCGAAUGCUUUAAACGUGUACUUUAAAUGCAAUGGCAUAAAAAUUCAAGCGGAAACUUUUGAGUUUGUGGACCCCCAAACGGGAGUCAGAAUAAUAGAAGGCGAACACAAGGUCACCAGAGAAAGUUUUGAUGAGUACUUUGGAGAUGAGAAAUUUCAAUGCACUUGUUAUGCUUGGACCAGUGGUGGAUAUAUCAGAAGCCAGCCUGCAACUAUCGAACUUGCCUUUAUAAAGAAACAAUUCUCCGUGACUCCCGAGACUCAGCUAGUCAAACAGUAUACUCCUGCGACGUUCAGAUGUGAGCCCCCUCCGGCGGCGCCGUACGCACAAGUUUAUUGGCUGAAAAAUGGAGCACCCCUAUUGGCUGAUGAUAAUGUUCAGGUUACUAAAGAUGGCGAUUUUCACAUCAAUAAAGUGUCGCUGUUGGACAUGGCAAACUAUACUUGUGUGGCAGAAAAUUUAGCAGGAAAACGACUAUCUGAUCCUGCUCAGUUAAAAGUUGUCGUUAACGGUGGCUGGACAACAUGGUCUGCUUGGAGUGACUGCUUCUGUGAACAGGGUCAAAGAUCAGGAAGGCGUAGGGAGAGAUCUUGUACAGCCCCACCCCCCCUUCAUGGUGGUAUUCCCUGUUUAGGCCCAGAGGAGCAAAAGACGCAGGACUGCUUGGAUUGUGACUUAGAUGUGUAUGUUGAUGGAAUAGAUGGAUUAGCGGAUGAAUCUUCAAGUGCAUCACUAGACCGCUGGUCACAAUGGUCCGAGUGGUCGCCCUGUGAUUCGGACUGCCUUCGAAAAAAAACGCGCCGCUGUCUCAACAGUUCUGGAAAACCCUGCACGGGUGUAGACCAACAGGUGUCUCAGUGCCCUUUAUGUGUCAGGACAUCGAAAUCGGCUCUCAUUCAUGAUGGGUCGUCAUAUUGGCCUUUACUUAUGGCAUUGUCAAUUACAUUUCUUAUAUUAGUUGUUGUUGUUAUAUUGGGAAUAAAAUACAUGAAAUUUAAGAUGACUGAAAAUUCACCGUAUGUUAAACCGCCUUCAGGUACAAAUUAUUUUAACAAUGUGAUAAGAAGAACGCUGACCAACCAGCCGGACUUGACCAUUCACGAAGAAUUCCAAACAAUUGAUUCUAGAAGAACACACAGACACACUAACUCCACUACUAAAGCACGCAAUGAGCAUCUUUAUGAAGUCCCGCAAUUAGCAAACAGUUACAUGACGCCUAUAGACCAAGAGGUGAGGAACCAUGUCGAAAACAAGAAUUACGCUUGUAAAGAUUUGGAGUCUGACCAAUCUGACUCCAGCUGCUUUUUGAGCUCGGGAUCAUCCUACGGUAAUGAAAGUGUUGAAUUGUCCCCAUCUCUCCGCAACAACGCGUCCGUGGACUCCAACUACCUGAACCCUCAAUUGGAGACGGCAACUUCCAAGAUAGUGUCAAGUGAUGGAGGCUGGCUGACUCUGGACAAGUGCGGUGUCAGUCUGUUCGUUCCUGACGGAGUUGUCGAUAAGGAAGAACUGUUCACGCUCGAGGUCACCGAUGAAGAUUGGAACAGGCCGAUUCUGCAAGAAGGUGAAACCCAGCUGAGCCCCGUCAUCCGUUGUGGCCCAAAGAACUUUCAUUUCUGCAAAGGUGUCAUCUUGACCUUCCCCCAUUGUGCAGCCCUAAAAAGCACCAGCUGGCUGAUCUCCGUGCUGCAGAAACCUGAGGAGAUAAACUCCAAGGAAUGGAGAAAGGUCCUAACUCUCGGCCAAGAAACACCCGGGACCCCAAUCUUCGCCCAAGUCGAUCCCUCCAAAGUAUUCCUUGUAAGCGAAUUUCUAAGCGACUUUGUUUUAGUUGGCCAAAGUUUCAGCGGUCUCGACGGGAAGUUAUUGAAAAUAGCCAUGUUUAUAUCGAGAAGAAUGGAUGAUAAUUACUUUAGUCUCAAAGUACAUGUGUUUAAUGAUACGCCUUACGCUUUUCACGAGUGCUUGGAGAAUGAAAGGAGGGUAGGCGGGACUUUGCUGUGCGAACCAAAAUUAGUUUACUUCCAAGAGAAUUGUUCAGAUUUGUGCAUAAAUAUUCGAGAUGUAGGGGAAGGCUGGCGUAUACAGUCCGGGGGGAAAUACCAAGAGCUACCAUAUUCUCUGGUCCGGAACAUGAGUACCAAAUCCGUGCACUGUAUAUUCGUUCUCCAACAAACCGAUUCUAUAAACUGCUUGGAAUUGAACAUGACCGUGUAUCAAAAACAAAAGCAAUCGAACUCAGUCAAUUUCAACUUCAAAACGAAUGAUUUGAAUUCCAAUUUAAAUUUUAACAAACGCUUCAGCUACUCCGGCUUCAGUAGCACUAUCACAAUAUUAGAAAAUCCUUUAAAUUAUUCAUCAUUAUCUAAAAAUGGCAGUCGAUAUAGCUUUGUCUUCAAAAAUGAGGGUAUUUAUAGAAGUAAUUUUAGCACCGACAAUAAUUAUAGAACGAAUGCGUUAACGAAAUCGGACAGAGUGAUUUUGUAUAAGUUAUUAGACUCGCAUAGUUCUAAGGGUAACGAUUGGCGUUUGUUGGCGGAGAAGUUGAAAAUAGCUUAUUACUAUUAUUACUUUUCGAAUACCUGUUCCCCGACUGAAAAUAUAUUGAAUCUGUGGUUGUGUAGGAACAACGACGUUAAUAUGUUGGUGCAAUUGUCUAGAAUAUUCCGCGAGAUGUCUCGGGUAGACUGCGCCACGGUAGUCGAGAGGAGAUGUUUCACAAAUUGAAUACAAGCAUUUAGUUUGAUUACGUUCGGGUUAAAUGUAGCUUUAAGUAAGGUUGAUGCUUCGUAUAAAGCGGAGAAAUACAUAGAGUGCUGCAAACUAGUUUUGUCAAAAUAUAUCACUUUCCCUCAGACUAGAACAAGCGAAAUUAUCUUUCAUUUCUAUCGAGGUUAAAGUCUAAAUUCUAGAUGAACUUAGACCAGUCUCCAUCUACGGGUUUAUGUAGAUCGACACACGUCAAUGUCAAAACCAAGGCACAACAAACAAGGGCACUGCAAUAUACGGAGCAAUCGGGCUGGGCUCUUAGAUAUGUGUUUAUCUACAUAGAUAAACCGUUUAUUCAAAGAUGUUAACAUAUGUAUACUUUUUAUUGCGAUUGAAA